AUUAAAUUCAAAUUGCCCGCCGUGUUAGAUUUGUGUUGUCAAUGUCAUUCAUUAAUAAUAACGAGAGUAAACAAACGGUAUCAUUCUUAUUUUAGAAGAAAAUGUGAGUGAAAAGCGAUUUAUUAAUCAAGUAGAAUUUUGUAAAUAUUAUUUGUGAAUUCGAAUUACAAUAUAAGUUAUUAGAAAUGACUGAAAAGAAAAUUUGGAAGCAGCAAGACUUAACCUGUAAGCCGCUUGAUAAUUUGGAAGAAAUUCUUUCCUUUCUACAUGAACCACCAAGUUGGAGUUCACUAUGCAUAGACUUAAAACCGCACAGUAUUAAUAUGGUCAGAAAUAAUGAUAUAAACAAGUUUUUUGGUGAAAAUUUACUCGAAACACCACAAACAUUUUGUCACUAUGAACGAGGAAUGGAAAAGGAAGUGGAACGUGUUGACAGAAAAAAAAUACCAAAGACUCUGGUUUGCCAUGAUAUGGCCAACGGCUAUCAUGACGAUUCUGUAAUCGAUGGCACGGGUAAUUACAGCGCAUACACAUUUUACAAUUGGGGCGCCAUCGAUAUUUUCUGCUAUUUCAGUCAUCAUUUCAUAACUAUACCUCCUUUGGGCUGGAUUAAUGUCGGACAUGCACAUGGGACGCAAGUUAUUGGUACAGUAAUAACAGAAUGGGCGGAGGGUGUAGCAUUGUGGGACAAAAUCCUGGAAUCGGAAAGCAAGUGGCAACACUUUGCAAGUGCGCUUGUUGCCAUUGCAAAAACAUUAAAAUUCGACGGGUGGCUUCUUAAUAUUGAAAAUAAGAUAGCUAAGCCGAACGCGCUCCUACAGUUCGUUCGCUACUUGCAUACCAUCCUACACGAGGAGUUGGAGAACCCAGUGCUGAUCUGGUACGACAGCGUCACUGUGGAAGGUCACCUCAACUGGCAGAACGGACUUAAUCGAAAGAACAAAGCUUUCUUCGAUAUUGUCGAUGGAUUUUUCACGAACUACUCUUGGUCGGAGAUGGAAGUUGAAACAAGUGUGACGGCGGCUGAGGAGCGGUUGACUGAUCUUUACAUUGGGAUAGACGUUUGGGGAAGAAAUUUCUAUGGCGGGGGACAGUUUAAUACGCAAGAAGCCGUAAAAGUGGCUUUCAAAUACGGUUGUUCGUUGGCGAUAUUUGCUCCAGCGUGGACUCAUGAAGCCAUGUCUGAUGGUGAUAUUAACUCGGUAGCCAAUUCUGAGGAUUUAGACACGUAUGAACGGUUUCUACUAAGGGAUAGGGCUUUGUGGGGCAGUUUAUGGCCGUACCUUAACACGAAACUGCCGUCAGAACUGCCCUUUCAAACUUCGUUCUGUAGAGGCCAGGGGAAGAAGAGACGUUUGUAUGGAGAGGUAAUUUGUCCAAUGCCAUGGUUUAAUUUACGCCACAUGCAAUACCAGCCGAACUCUAACCACGGUCCUCACGGCUAUUUGCUGUCAACUCAAGACAAUAUCGCCCAUCUGUCUCGCUUCGGCUUACUGUCCAACAGAGAAGGUAUUCUUAGAUAUCGAAGAUCUCUCGAAUUAAGUAGAGAACUUGCUCCGGGAAAGAGUAAGGAUGUCUCCUUAACUCUUAUGGAAGGCAGUAUAACAGUUCUCACUCCAGAAGAAACGGUCGUAGUUGCGAACGACGUUAAUGACGGUCGGGCCAGUGUCAAGAGGAAAAUGAAAAAUGCGUUUCUAAACUUGUUCAAAAGCAAGGCAGCAAAAACUGAACAAUUGGCGAAAGCCGAAGAAGUGCCAAAAAUUGAUCCAGUAACAAAAACUGAAGCAUCAAAAAGUGAACAAGAAGCAAAGAAUGACGACGCAGCAGAGACCGAACAGCCUCUUUCUGGUCUUGACUCGAAAUGUAUUCCGGAAAUAUCUGGACGAUCGAUGGUGCAAAUGUCAGUGAACAUACGUUUGGGGGAUAGGACGGGAAAAACAAGAUACGCUUUAGCGUAUGUACCAAAUGAGCUCGAGUGCUUGGAACCGUUCUACGAAGACAGCUUUCUAGGCGGCUCCUGCCUUAAAAUAAACCCGUCAGAUGAAAUGAGCGACGAGCAUUGGUUAUCUAGACUAUUCUUUUGCGAUUUCUACUGCCAAAAUAGUUUUAUUGCUUGCGUUGUGACAAAGAAUCUGGUCGGUCAUGAGGACCAAUUUUUAAAUAUGAGACUGACCAUGGUUGACGCAAAGGAGGGGUAUAAAAAAGUAGUUUUGGUUGGGCGCAGUGUGCCUCAUGGGUACGAAGCGGCGUCUGCUGCUGAGGUUAUCAAUUUGUACCCCCUGAGUGAUCCUACAGACCCUGAGUUCAGAGAACUGCAGAAAUAUAUAGUGUUGAAUGAGCCGGGUUUCUAUAUGCCUAUAGCGAAUGCUUACGGGUGGAAAGUGAGAUAUUAUGAGAUACCACUUCCUGGAGCGCGAGUUACCUCGAUCAACUGUCAAACAGGAUUGGACGAAGGACCAGUACUGCUGGGUUAUUUUGGAUUGUGUUCAAGAGCUCUGUCCCUAGCGGAUCCUUGAUUGUCAUUAUAGAUUAUAUGUUAUGUAUAUUAUAUAAUAAAUCAUUUUGUUAUAUAAGUCAUGUAAGAAAUAAACGCUUUAUAAUAAUUAUAUA